ACGGGCUCAUUGGAUACGUUGACAUCGUGACGUCGGACAAAAACGUAGCUAUGACGUAGAUUGUCUGUGUGGAUAUAUUCAAUAUAAAUUGUCUUCGGUUUUUGUGUAUGAAUAUUUAUUGUUUUAAAGCAAAACAACAAUAAUAACAACUAUCAAUAAAACUCAAUUAAGGAUACGAGAAAAGAAAAACAACAAAGUGAAUAUUUAGUAAAUGUACGUAAGAAAUAUAAAAAGCGAAGAAAUUAAAUUUCACAAAGUAUUGGAAUCUGUGAAAGAAGUGAUUCUUGUGUUUUGGUUUGGUGUUUUUAUUAAAUCGGUUGUGUGAGUGUAUUUAAUUUUUUUUGGACCGUGUGGGUGGAUGCGUCUGAGCAAGUGUGUGUUCCGUACGUUUAUAAGUAAAUCUGUGCCUUUGAUUUAGUUAAACACUGUAACCACAGAUGCUGUUGACACGUAUCAAGGCCGACGUGAGUGGUACUCUGGCAAAUGUGGUGCGCGCGGGUUCGUGACGACUUGACACUAUUUUUAAAUUGCACACACGAUAAAAGGAAGACUCCACAUACUCUUAUUACAUGCAUCAACGACCAGCAGUUGUCUUUGCAAAUAUAUUUUUUUUGUAAUGAAAUUGUAACAUUUCGCUUGUGUAUUUGUUGUUGCUUAUUUUUCAUAUUUUCUGCGAUCACUAAUGUUGAAAUUUUAUAAACGACAUCAUUCAUGCAACCUUCCCCCUCCGUAAACCAUUAACGUGAAUGAGUGGUUGUGUAAAAGUGUUGCUUGCAUAUGCGAAACAUACUAAAUAUUUGCGAGAUAAAAGCAUUAUAACAUUUUCGAGUACUUAGUGAAAGAAAUAUUAUGAAGAUGUAACACAUUUUAGCGCUUCUCCCACAUUAGUCCCCACAAAAAAACUCGUAUGGAAUUCUGAGUAUGCGAAGUUUGUGCUAAAAACUUGUAACCCUACACAUUUAUAAGCGUAAAAUUGCAACACAUAUGGAUUAUAUAGUACUUUAACUUGUACAAACCUACUCCAAAAAGUAAAAUAAUAUUUGUAUAUUUAUGUAAAUUUUAUUCAAAAUAUAUGAAAAAGAAAAAAUAAACGAAAGAAAAGAAAACAAAAUAUUUAUAAAAGGAAAAGGAAGUUUCAAGUGCAAAUAUUGUGUGCAUAAAAAAUGUAAAUAUUUCAAUUGAUAUUUAAAUAUUUCGAGUAUUCUUAACGAAUCAUAAAGUGUUUUAAAUACAAAGAAAACAAAAGAAACGUAAAAAAGGAAAAAGUAAAUGAAUGUAAAAGAAAAACAUAAGUUUGUAAAUGUGCGAAAAAAGUUGUUCUCAAAGAUAAAUAAGUGAAAAAUCCUUUUUUAAUAGGUUUGUCAUCGACUUCCACUUUUUGAAUAGUGUACACAGUACCUAAACACACACAGACAAACGCACCAAAACUGGGCACGUGACACCGGAGAGUGUGCUAAAAUAUUAUGAUUUACAUGUAAUCUCCACAAAUGUUUGUCUACUUGGGACUUUAAUGCGAAACGUAUGCAAUGUAGAAUUGUUUUAUAAAUAUUAUUACAAUUAAAAAAAAAAUAAAUGCAAAAACAGAAACAUUUACACAACAACAACAGAAACUGUAUAAUGUGAAUGAGAAAUGAAAUAACAAUGUAUACAGGAGAAAAUAGAAUAAAAAACAACAACAAUUCCCACUACAACAACAACAAUAAUAUUAACGGUUGCAAAAAGUUUCAACUAAAAUAAAAGCUACAAAAAUUAAAAAGCAUAAAAAAUAAACAAAAGCUACUUCAACAACAAUAACUACAACAAAAACGGCAACAAACUCAAAAAUACAAUAACAACUGCAACUACCACUACCAAAAGAAAUCAAAACAAUAUACAACAACAAAGUAUCAGCAACAACAAAAACAUCACUACGUCAACAUCAGCAGCAUCAUUGUGAAAGAGAAAAGUAGAACCAACGACAACGAUUGUACGAGCAGCUUACAGUAUAUAUUGGUGUUGCUGUUAAUGUUGUUGGUUUCGUCUACGACAACAACACCAACAAUAACAGCAAGAAUUGCGAGUGCAAUAUGGCGACAAAGUAUCAUCCCGGAAAGACAGUCCAACACUUGCUGCAUCACAACUGGCAUCAUAUGCUCUCCGUUUGGCUAACAUUUUGGAUAUUUUUUAUUUGCACACUGAAUCCUGUCUUACCAGAAGUUAUUUACCGUGUGGAUCCUUUGGCUUUAUUGGCAGCUACACUUAGAACGUAUCAACGGGCUGGCUGUGAUUCAGAACAACUGUCGCUUAGUUGUCCACGCGGUACUAGUAUCUCAAUUGAAUUGGCACAGUAUGGCCGAGCAGGAGAUCUCACCGACCACAGUCUUUGUCCGCCAAUAUCCCCAGAAGAUUUAACUACUACAGGCAGUAGUAGCAGCGGUGGAAUCAGCAGUUCUAAUACUGAUGGCAGUAGUGUUGGUAUUAUUGGUAGCAGCGGCAGUACCGAUGUCAUACAUAGUGGAACACAAAUCGAAGUUAAGCCUCCGGAACUGUGUACUGUAAGCGGAUUACAGUACACAUUGUUGCAAACUGUUGUCGAUGCCUGCCAAAAGAAACGACACUGUAAAUUCUCUGCCAACUCAAAGCCUUUAGCGAGUGGAGAUCCCUGUGCUGGAAUAAGGAAAUUUGUUGAGAUUGCAUAUAAAUGUCGUCCAUAUGAGUUUCGUUCGAAAGUAGCUUGUGAAAAUGACAAAAUGCCACUUGAAUGCAAUCCUUAUUCAAGGAUUGCAAUAUACAGUGCUUCCUUUGGCUACAUAGAACGCGAAAGUGUACAAUGCCCGCAUAACAAUUCACAAAACGCUCCAGACACAAAUGCUAAACAGACCUGCCUGGUUUCUUAUGCCACGGAGACUGUUAUGCAAAUUUGUCACGGGCGACGACGUUGCUCUAUAACUGCGGAUGCUGGUACUUUCGGAAGACCCUGCAAAAACGAUAUACCCAUGCAUUUAAAGGUCGUUUAUACUUGCAUACCACGUAAAGUACUUAAGGAUCGCUAUGAAACUGCACCGGAACCAGAUGAGCCACAGCAAACUGAAUUGGAUUUAGAUCAAGAUGAACUUUACGAUGAGGAUCAAUUUUACAAGGAAGGCGAAGCUAUACCACCGGCACCUAAAUUACAAGGGGCCAUACCAAAUUCUGGCUUUCCCUAUGAUUUCAAUAUGCGUUCUAGCGAGCCCACAACAACACUAAUGCCAUCGAUACUCUCACGCAACGACAACUCAUUGGAGGAUGAUCAUAAUGAUGGUGAUAAUGAUGACGAAUACAAGUAUAAUAAUGACAAGGUUGAUGUUAACCAUGAUUACGAUGAUAAUGAAGACAGAAUUGACAAUGAUGAGGUUGAAUCAUCAUUAUUCAAUAAAAUUAACUCAACUCACAAACUGUCAAAAAUAUUCUUCAAUAAUGAAUUAGAUUCUCCUGAAACUACAAUAAUUUUCUCAUCAACGACAAGCUCAAGUUCUGAGAAUUCUCAAACUGAUGGUGGAAAUGGCAGUGAUGAUGAUGAUGAUGAAUUAGCAAUAUCCCCUCAUUACAUUUAUCGCAAAAGGUGUCAAAUGGUGGAUGACUGGGGUACAAUUGGUUUAAAUUGCACUGAUGAUGACAUUAUCAAAGAGCGUGUUGUCGUCAUUGGUUUCCUUGUCAACUGGAUGAAAGCUUUUAUUCAUAUUAAAAAAAAUCAAGAGCAAUUCUAUCUGUAUUUAAUCAUAUCUGUCGCUAUUGGCAUGUUGCUGUGUCUGACUCUGGUAAUUGGUCGACUGACCCUCCAGCGAAGGCGUUCUUGCCGCAAAAAUAGUCUAUCGAGCUGUAGUAACAACGAGAAAAAUAGCAGUGAUAAAAUGGGCAGUACCGGCGGUAUUGGUGGUGGUGGUGGUGCUGGUGAUAAUAAUAAAUUUCAACAUGAGCCAACAGCACGUGAAACACAAUUAAGCGGCUCCUUUGCAGAUGAUAUAUCUGACAUUGAUGCAGACAUUGACUUGACUAGUCCAAUGCCAGUGCCAAGUCUUUCAACGAGAAAUGAGACCUACAUGACAUAUGCCCCAAUACCAAAUUGUACAUACGGCUCAUUGGGCGACCAUUCAUCUACAAAUUAUGGCACAGCAACAACGAUGCUCAUGCCUUCAACAUCUCAACACAAUAGUUUAAUGAUGCCCGCAGGACACAAUAGCAAUAACAGCAGUGGCAAGCCAAUAGGCUGUCCAACAGUGGUCGGAAGUAGACAAACAACGCCACCUCCACCUGGCUCACUUUACACCAGCAUGGGAGUCUGUUCGCCAUCCGUUAGUGGGACAAUGACAAUGGGUCCUCACAUCCUUACACCUUCAAUUUUAAGUACAGGAUCUAAUCAAAAUAUGGGCGGCCCUUCAUAUUUAAGUGGAACGAUAAUGGUCCCAGGCCAUCAUCAUUCGCAUACAGGAACAUUACGAAGACAAUUAAUUCCGACUAGUAUGGGAAUGAUGAACACUCCUCAGUCAUCAUUAGUGGGCGGAAAUACAGGUCCACAUUCAAUGGUGGGAGUACCGACAUCAUCCAGUGUAUACUACGACAGCACAAUACCCCGACAUCUUAACCGAGGAGUGUCGGCAGAUAAUACACAAUACUUUUACGGAUGACAUUCAUUAAAUCGUAAAGCUUCGUUACCAAUUGCAAU